AUGGAGGUCUCGAUCGCCGUCUUCACGGCGCUCCUCCUGCUCGGGUGGGGAGCUCCGUUCCCCGUUGCUGCCGAUCCGGCGCUGGACAAGUUCGCUCUGCUCGACUUCAUCCGCUACCUCCCGCACGGCCGUCUCCUCAACUGGAACCCAUUCAUCCCCGUCUGCGGCAACUGGAUCGGCAUCACUUGCAGCGCCGACGGCUCCCGCAUCAUCGGCGUUCGCCUCCCCGGCGUAGGGCUCAGCGGAGCAAUCCCCCCCAAUACCAUCAGCCGACUCAGCGCUCUCCAGACGCUGAGCCUCAGAUCCAACAGCCUCACGGGGCCCUUACCUGCCGACUUCAUCCUGCUUACCUCCCUCACCGACCUCCACCUGCAGCAGAAUGGCUUCUCCGGCCUUUUGCCUUCGGAUUUCUCGGUCUGGCCGAAUCUGACAGUCUUGGACCUCUCCUUCAACGCUUUCAAUGGCAGCAUCCCGUCUUCCAUCUCCAACUUGACGCAGCUCACUGCUCUGAAUCUCUCCAACAACUCGCUCUCUGGGAGCAUCCCUGACCUUCAGCUCCCGAACCUAAAGCUGCUGAACUUGUCCUACAAUCGUCUGGUUGGAACCAUCCCGGGAUCCCUCCGAUUGUUCCCCAUUUCUUCGUUCUCAGGCAACAACCUCUCACCGACAAACUUCACUCGGCCCUCGCCAUCGCCCUCGCCCUCGCCAUCGCCAUUGCCGUCUCCAACAACCUCUCCGGUCUCGUCCUCGCCGGGAAGAAAGCUGAGCGAGUCGGUGAUCCUCGGGAUAAUCGUAGGUGGUUGUGUUCUGGGAUUCGCCAUCUUUGCAGCCGUCCUGCUCGUCGUCUGGUCUAGAAAGAAACAGCAGGUUCUGGUCUCUGGGAAGCUCGUGAAGCGUGAGAGAUCAACAGGGAAGGAACCCGCAGGUAACCAGGGCGAGGUCAACCCCCUUGUCUUCUUCGAGGGGUGCACUUUUGCCUUCGAUCUUGAGGAUCUCUUACGAGCUUCAGCUGAGGUGCUUGGAAAGGGAACAUUUGGGACUGCGUACAAGGCACUUCUGGAGGAUUCCACAGCAGUGGUGGUGAAAAGGCUCAAGGACGUGGGAGUGGGCAAGAGGGAGUUUGAGCAGCAGAUGGCAACGAUCGGAAGGUUGAAGCAUGAGAACAUCGUGGAGCUCAGGGCAUAUUACUAUUCGAAGGACGAAAAGUUAAUGGUAUAUGACUAUUUCAGCCCGGGAAGUGUCUCUUCCAUGCUUCAUGGUACGACUCUCUCUCACCAUCUCGUUUUAUUCAGCAAUCAACAAGUAUAACGGGUUCUGUUUAUUUUUUGUCGCAAUUUUCUUUUUUCAUAUAGAGAAUCGAUUUGAAUCUAAAUGUCGUCCUUCUGAAUUAGAUCUUUUGCAGCUCUUUCUUUCAUACUAGCGGCUGUCAGAUAGGGAGGGAGAUGCCCAACCUGGGUUCGCCAUUCUGCUUCAAAAGCUUCCCUCUGUCGGAUAGAUCAGAUCGUUUGAACAUCUUGGUUAAUACCUGCUGCUCGUGCAUGUAGCUUCGUGGAUGACUGUCUAAUGACCAUUAUAAUCAGUGUAGAAUUAUAUAUUUUCUUUUCCGCAUUCUAUGGUAGGUGGAAUUCUGAACGGGUCAUUAAUGGAAGUUAGUAGCUUGGAUAAUCCGUAAAUUCAGUUCUAACGGAUUUUUUUUCGUUUCCGAAUUCAUAGUAUCAUUUUAUAUAUUAUCGUGGCUGGUGCAUUCAUGGGUAAAUCUUUAGGGCCGUCUCCAGAUUCAUUGGCUCUGUCAAUACGAACCGUGUUUAGUUCUAAUGUGAGGAUGAACAGUACUGAUCAUGGAUUGCGCCGGGCAUUACACACUGUGUGAUUGAUCAGCGGAUUACAUGGGCAUCUUGCCUUGAUUUUCAGGGAGAAGACCUGCUGCAUCUUAGAUAAAAAUCUAUAGCUAUAUUAUGGAUCUCAGAGAUGUAUUCGAGCAUCAUACGCCGAUCAAUGCGGUGAUUGAAGCAUUGCGACGAGGUUGGUUUUACUCACCGGGUGAAGCUUUUUUUUUGCAGGCAGACAGGGGGAGGAGAGGACACCCCUCGGCUGGGAAACCAGGCUGCGGAUUGCUCUUGGAGCUGCGAGAGGAAUCGCCCACCUCCACUCAGACAGCGGCGGGAAUCUCGUCCACGGGAACAUAAGAUCCUCCAAUAUCUUCCUCAACCAGCGGCUCUACGGCUGCCUCUCCGACGUGGGGUUGGCUCUUCUCGCCGGCGCUGGCGGCCGGCGGCCGGUGGGUUACCGAGCACCCGAGCUGGUCGAUGGCAGGAGGCCCACCCAGUCGUCGGACAUCUACAGCUUCGGUGUGUUCUUGCUGGAGCUCCUCACCGGAAAGACCCCCGUUCGGGUGGCCGGCGGCGCCGCCGGCGAGGUGGUCCACCUGGUGCGGUGGGUGCAGUCGGUGGUGAGGGAGGAGUGGACGGCGGAGGUGUUCGACGUGGAGUUGAUGAGGUGCCCCGAGGUGGAAGAGGGGCUGGUGGAGAUGCUGCGGGUGGCGAUGGUGUGCGUGGCAGCGGCGCCGGAGCAGCGGCCGGCCAUCGCCGACGUCGUGAGGAUGAUCGCAGACGUCGGGCGGAGCGAGAACGACGCCGCCGACCGUAGCUCCUCAGGCGGCGCCGUCACCCCGGCGGGUAAUCGUUUCUCCUCUCCCGCCGCCGAGGGCCCUCCGGUGAUCUAA